AUCGAACAAGCACGAGACGUAGGCAAGACUCGCAAUUCCAGAGUAUUCCCAUAUUUCUCUUUUGAAAGUGAUUGUGGCCGAAACUUUCCUCUUCAGCGCUGCCUCCUUCUCCAUCGGCUCGCAACAACAUUCUUCACCUGGCACCGCGCGCCACCAACGAGUUUCAAAGCCACCAUCGAAGGUCCAUCAACUUGCAUCGAGCGUGCAAAACUGCUCACCGACCGAGUCCUGUCCACGUUUUCCAGAAAUACCGCUGAAAAACACAGCCGCCUUUGCACGCCAUAUCCAUCGCCUCGAGCGCACCUCCGCGCCCCCGAAUCGCCGGAUACCCUCGCGCCGAAAAUUGACCAACGCCUGUCAGUCCGCUCCAAAGGCGCCGUCGAUCGCGUCCGACCAGCACCAACUCACUGCAGUUUCCGAGCUCGACCUUAACGGCACAACUCGCACCUCAGCGCACGUCUUGGCCAUCGGUCUGGGAAGAGAGGGACAACCCCGUCUGUACGUUGAGCCUUUGCGCUCGUCUGUCACUCUCGUUCUUCAGGCGUAUAGCCAUUCUCGCGGAGCACACCCAAUUCCUGAUCGCGAGCACGCUCCGCUCGAUUCUCUCCUCCUACCCUUCACCCACCGCCGAUCAUGGCGGACCAAAACGACGUGGACCUCGAUUCCAUCAUCGACCGACUCCUCGAAGUCCGCGGCAGCCGGCCGGGAAAGCAGGUUCAGCUUCUUGAGACUGAAAUAAGAUACUUGUGCACCAAGGCUCGCGAGAUCUUCAUCUCCCAGCCCAUACUCCUCGAGCUCGAGGCGCCGAUCAAGAUUUGCGGCGAUAUCCACGGACAAUACUACGACUUGCUGCGCCUUUUCGAGUAUGGCGGCUUCCCACCAGAGGCCAACUACCUCUUCCUCGGCGACUACGUAGAUCGAGGCAAGCAAUCCCUCGAGACCAUCUGUCUGCUGCUGGCAUACAAGAUCAAGUACCCGGAAAAUUUCUUCAUCCUCCGCGGCAACCACGAGUGCGCUUCCAUCAAUCGCAUCUACGGCUUCUACGACGAGUGCAAGAGACGCUACAACAUCAAGCUGUGGAAGACAUUUACGGAUUGCUUCAACUGCCUGCCAAUUGCUGCGAUCAUUGACGAGAAGAUUUUCACCAUGCACGGUGGUCUCAGCCCGGAUCUCAACUCGAUGGAGCAAAUUCGUCGUGUCAUGCGUCCCACGGAUAUUCCCGACUGUGGUCUGCUCUGCGAUUUGCUCUGGUCGGAUCCCGACAAGGACAUCACCGGUUGGUCUGAAAACGAUCGCGGUGUCUCAUUCACGUUCGGCCCAGAUGUCGUGUCCCGCUUCCUGCAGAAACACGACAUGGAUCUCAUCUGUCGCGCACAUCAAGUUGUCGAGGACGGGUACGAAUUCUUCUCCAAGCGACAGCUCGUCACGUUGUUCUCUGCACCAAACUACUGCGGCGAGUUUGACAAUGCUGGUGCGAUGAUGAGCGUGGAUGAGUCUCUACUGUGCUCCUUCCAGAUCUUGAAGCCUGCAGAGAAGAAGCAGAACAGAUUCGGUCGUCGCUAAAAGGAUUCUGCGAACAUGUUUAGGAGAAUUUCCAAUAU